GCGGUGAGGUGGGGCGGGUGUCCGGUGACCUUCAGAGGCGGCGGCGGGCGCGGUGUGCGCGGGUCUCUGCUGAGGUUGUUUUCUCUUCUCUUCUCUCCGGACUUUUCUCGUCAACGCCGUCAUGCCCAGGGGUGGCCGCAGCCGCACGUCCCGCGUGGCGCCCCCCGCCAGUCGGGCACCGCCAAUGAGAGCUGCAUCACCGGCACCGGCUGCUCGGGCCCCUGUCCCAGCAGCAGCACCGCCUUCUGCUGUGGCUGCUCCUGCCCCGAAGCAGCCUGGGCUGAUGGCACAGAUGGCUACAACUGCUGCUGGAGUUGCUGUCGGCUCUGCUGUUGGCCAUACCAUAGGUCAUGCCCUUACAGGAGGAUUUGGUGGAGGAAGCAGCUCUGAAGCUGCAAGGCCUGAUAUUACUUACCAGGAGCCCCAGGCAGCUCAGCCUGCCUCCUACCAGCAGCAGCAGUCACAGGUUACUCCUUGCCAGUAUGAAAUGAAGCAAUUCCUGGAGUGUGCCCAGAACCAGACUGACCUCAAGCUCUGCGAGGGCUUCAGUGAAGUGCUGAAGCAGUGCAGGUUUGCUAAUGGUCUAGCCUAAGCCUUCAGAUCAACAUUGUUGAAGGCCAUCUUUACAAGAACUGACCUGUGAAUGAAAAAAAGCUUCAGUAAUAAAGUCUAAAGAUGUCUGUUAUCUUGUUAGUUCAUAUAUUCACACUUAACUCUCCUUGUGGCUUGAUUCCUGCCAUAGCUGCUACAGAUGUGAUACUUAAAGCCGCCAAUUAAUACAGCACAAAAUGGAAGAAUGAACAACAGAGCAGAAUGAGCUAAUGUAGGUAAACUGGUGUGCUGAUUGUUGCAGUGAAUGUAAAUGAUAUGGUGCAUAAAUAAACUUCUCUCUAGAAAUAC